UAUGUGACCGCUGAUUGUGGAGAGACUUGAGUAAAUGUUCCAAAGAUGUAUUUAUUUGUUUGAAUAUUAUGUUUUGCUUUCAGAUCCGGAGUUCAACGGGCUUGGGGAACUGCCAGCUCUGCCAUAUUGUGAGUUUGAGCUGAGCAGUCCGGAAGGCUUUGUGGAAUCUACCCAGAUAGCCGGAGAGGGCCGAGCGCUACCCACUGAGGCUGUGGACUGCAGGUGGUACAUCAAGGCCCAGCCAAAAUCGAGGAUCUACAUGCGCUUUCUGGAGUACGAGAUGCAGAACUCGAAUGAGUGCAAGCGAAACUUUGUCGCCAUCUACGACGGCAGCAGCUCGGUUGAGCACCUAAAGAAUAAGUUCUGCUCCACGGUGGCCAACGAUGUCAUGCUGGUGUCCUCUGUCGGCGUGGUGAGAAUGUGGGCAGAUGAGGGAAGCAGGAAGAGCAAAUUCAGGAUCCUCUUUACAACUUUCCAUGAGCCUCCGUGUGAAGCGGAAACUUUAUUUUGCCAUAGCAACAUGUGCAUCAACCACACCCUUGUCUGCAACGGUAUACAGAACUGCGUUUAUCCAUGGGACGAGAAUCACUGCAAAGAGAAGAGGAAAGCCAGUAUCCUGGACACGCUGGACCACACUAACAUCACUAUCAUUGUAGUGACCUGUGGCCUGGUUGUCAUCCUGCUCAUCAUCUCCGUCAUCAUCCAGGUCAAACAGCCACGCAAGAAAUACAUCAUCCGCAGAGAGGACUUUGACUCUGCCCUCCUCCACCCCGGUUUUGAGCCCCCUCACUACGAGCUCUGCACUUUGCGCCUUGCCCCGUCCGGCGAUCUGACCGAUGCCGCCAUGGCCGAGGACUACGAGAAGUUCCACAAUCUCCGCCGCUCCUCUUCCAAGUGCAUCCGUGACCACCACUGCGGCUCCUUCCAUGGCAGCGUGCACGGCAGCCGCAGUAACCUGAGCAUUAGGGAUGCCAACAUCGUGGCUGACGAGGGGGCUCACCCGCCGGCGAUGGUGAGCCAGCAGUCACCGUGCCUCCCCCACCACAACACGCCGAUGGGACGAAAGAGCAUCCUGGUAAUGAAGCACAGUUACUCUCAGGACGGGGUGGAGGGGUACAGGGCGGAGGAGGAGGAGGAGGAGGAGGAUUCGAGGAUGGAUGAAGGCCCCAUCACCAGCCGGCCCCACAUGCAUCACCACCAGAUCCACAGGGGCCCAUCGGGGCUGGACCAAGCUGUCCACCGCACACUGUCUAAUGACCUCUAAUGUCAGGCUACACAUAAAGAUACGGGGGGAAAGAGGUCAUCACCUUGAUUCUUUAUCUGGGGAUGUGACAACCCUAACCCUUUUUAAAAAUAGAUUUCAGUGUAACUUAUAGGAAUAAAUGCUGAUCUUUUACAGCU